CUUCUAACCAAAAGCCUUGUAUGGAAGAUCAGAGUGGUGAAGGAGGACCCGGAGAAGAAGACGACGAAGUUGAGAAUCCCGAAGGGGAUUGACAGUUGUUGUUCCUACCACUUAAAGGAAUUUGUGUGAUAUAGGGAAGAAUAUGGGUAAAAAUAAGGGUAAGGGUCUUCUCUCCUUUCGAUCCUCAAGCUUACGCCGUCGCCCAAAGAAGGCGGCUGAUCAUCGGCCACCACCAUCGCCGCCGCAGCAGCAGACAAUCGGGACUUUGGGCUCACCUGGUGGGGGUGGUGGUGGGGCGUUGGUAAAGACCAAGAAGAAGGCCGGCGUCGCGAGGUUGUGGAUGAGGUUUGAUCGGUCGGGUCAAUCGGAGCUCGUUGAGUUGGAUAAGAACGCAAUUAUCAGAGUCGCGGCGAUUCCGGCCAGGGAUUUGAGAAUUUUGGGCCCUCUCUUCUCUCACUCCUCCAAUAUUCUUGCCAGGGAGAAAGCAAUGGUAGUCAAUUUGGAGUUUAUAAAGGCUAUAGUCACGGCCGAAGAAGUCCUUGUUCUUGAUCCUCUUUCCCAUGAGGUUCUUCCAUUUGUUGAACAACUAAGGCAACAACUUCCGUAUAAAACCCAGCCAAAACUUCAUGGCCAUGCAGAAGAACAAGAAAAUGAACUGCUUGUUUCAACUGGCAGACAAUGGUUACCUGUGCCAGAGCCCGCAGAUGGUUUGCAAGCUGAGCUUCCGUUUGAGUUUCAAGUUUUAGAGAUUGCUUUAGAAGUUGUCUGUACAUAUCUGGACUCAAAUGUGGCAGACCUUGAGAAAGGUGCAUACCCUGUAUUGGAUGAAUUGGCUAGAAAUGUUAGCACCAAGAAUCUUGAACAUGUGCGAAGUUUGAAAAGCAACCUUACACGUUUGCUGGCACGUGUGCAAAAGGUGCGGGAUGAAAUUGAACAUCUUCUAGAUGACAACCACGAUAUGGCACAGUUGUAUUUGACUAGGAAGUGGUUGCAGAAUCAGCAAUCUGAGGUUCUCUUGGGAGCCACUGCCUCAAAUGCCUUUGCUACUGCAGCUCUUGUUCCUCACCAUGGCUCUAAUAGAAGUGGAAGUCUUAUCACUAGCAACGUGGUGGAUGAUUCUGAUGUUGAGGAUCUGGAGAUGUUGCUUGAGGCAUAUUUUAUGCAGUUGGAUGGAACACGGAACAAGAUAUUAUCAGUGAGGGAGUAUAUUGACGACACAGAGGACUAUGUUAACAUCCAACUUGACAGCCAUCGAAAUGAACUUAUUCAGCUUCAGCUGACACUGACCAUUGCAUCAUUUGCCAUUGCUUUUGAGACUUUGAUUGCUGGCAUGUUUGGUAUGAACAUCCCUUGUACAUUAUACCAGACUCACGGAGUUUUCUGGCCAUUUGUUGGGGGCAUUACUGCAGCUAGCAUAUUGCUUUUUUUCAUUGUUUAUGGAUAUGCAAGAUGGAAAAAGUUGCUUGGUUCUUAAGUUUGUUACCAGGUAUAAAUAUCUUGGUAAAACUUGGGUUAUUACAGGUUCACUUCCAAUGAUGCUCGUUCUUGUCCAAGAAGGAUCGUUCCCCUGCUUAGAUGAAUAAAAUAAUUAGCAAGCUUUGGAAAACCUACAAAGAAAGAAGAUUGAUCCAGUGCUGGCUAUUCUUAAUGAAAUUUAUUCUAAUGUUUGGAUACGGGAUUAAUUGCAUCAAUUGUGCAUGAUGGAGUUUAGGCUAGGAUGACUUUGUUUUACGUUCAGAAUGCAGCUUCUGGAGUGAAUUGAGAAUGAACAUUAUUGGCAGAUUAUUUCACUUAAGAGCUCAAGGAAGCAAAAAAUUAUUACUUGCUUAUGUGCAAAUCUUUCAAGUAGAAGUUGCAUAAUCACCAUGAUUAUUUAUCGAAGUUGCCUCUUUGAAACAUUGUGCCUCUGAGCUAGUUUGUUCUAUUUUGAACUUAACAUGCACGGCACAUUGGCAGUGGCACAUUAUGGAAGCCAUCCAUUCCAAAGUUAUUUUCCUUAAGCAUACGUUGUCUGGUAUCAACGUGUAAUAUGUAUGCUGGUUGUUUAUGCAAAUAAUAUACUAUGUAGCAUUCAAUAA